UGGACGGGGAGCUGGCCAUGUGGAGAGCCGACUUCGUGUCCCGCACCACCAUCACCAUCUCUGCCUUCGCCGGCGAAUACGACAUCUGCCCCAAGGAUGGCCCUGCUGCCUUCCUCACCUUCCAGCUCUCUGACUGUAUCUUACAGAUCUCAAAACUGAACAUCUGCCGCUUACAGCAUAUUUUUCAGCUUCCCACACUUCAGGUCAUGGACCGCUUUUAUAUCGAGGGCUACCAGGACACGAUCUCCUUCCUGAAAAGACUGAGGGAUUUCCAGGUGAAUUACUUUGAGGGCUUCACACUUUCCUUGGCCAACGAGGAAACUCUGCACCUGAAGCCACAACCGAGGGGUCUUCGCUCCAGAGCCACAGAUCAUGAGGAUGACACCAAAGAGAAUCCCGGGAUCCUCCAGGCAGAGGUUGGAGAAGAAUAGGAAGCCCCACACCACAUUCUCCACCCCCAGGAAGGUAAAGAACCCGCACUUCCUUUACCCCAUCAAUGUUCAUGUGACACUUGCCCAGGGUUGUCAGUGCCCAAAGAGUUUCUGGGGCAGGUGAGAACAUCAGAAAUGGGAGAAAGUUCCCUCUCAGGUCAGGGGUUACAAGUGAGGCCUCACACUGAGCCCUCACCCUCGAUUUGGGUCAGCACUGAGGGCUUCCUUGGUGGCUGGGUCAGAAGGGUUCUGUGGACAAGGAGCUCUUUCCAUGGAGAAGGUCAUGUAUUCACUCACCCAGUGAGGUAAGAACAGAUUCUGUCCACACAUCCCUUCCUUAGGGGUGUCUCAAGAGUUCAAGCUGCUUUUGCUGUGCCAUCCAAUUCAAACUUCUCCUUAGGAACUCUGAGUGCAGCCACAGAAAUACUAAUCCUAUGCAAGGAAAGUAUACUAAUAUAGCAGGUAAACUUGUUGCUGUAUAAUUUUCUGGCAACAAAAUGCAGAUUUAUAUCCAAAACUUACCAUUUUCUGCAAACAUAUUCAAAAUAAUGCCCUCACGCAUUUUAGUUUUGUAUGGAAAAUCACUGAAUCUUAAUCAUAUCAGUUUGCAUUUUGUUGUUAGUAAAAAAAACAAAGAAGCAUCUGAUUAAAUGCAAUAUUUUUUUCUAUUUUACUCUCUUUCAUUAUGAGCCUUCCAACAUUUCAGAAUUUGAGGCAAAUUACUGAGCUUUUUCAAUGUGACGAGUAUUGAAAAGGUAGCCACAUAAAUUAAAUGAAAAGUGAAAAGAAGGCACAAUAUCCUGUAUCUAGGAGUCCCACAACAAAUGAGGAAUAUAAAGGAGAAAGACUAUGACCAUUACCAUUCCAGAUCUAAAAAGAAAAGUUUGGAAAACAUAAAAUGGAAGCAAGAAAGAUACUUCCUUUGAAAACAAUUCUCAACCCACUAAGAAAGGCAGGACACAGUGUCAGGCUGCAGAAGUUGCUCCCCUGGUUGCUUUUUUAAAGGAUCCAUCAGUCUGAUCUACGUGAAUCUUUUGGAAGCAACAAGGUGGAAAUGAGGUUUCUUUGGGAGCUGGGCAGCUCUGGGCUAUCAGGAAUUUCUGCCUCGGCUUUGCAGCUGGGCUGCAACGUUUUUCACCAGUCUCAGGAGAAAAAUUCCCCCUGUGGGAGGAAUCAAGACUCAUUUUCUAGGCCAGAGAGCAAUGAAGGGGUGAGUCCAGGCUCUCCAUCUCCAGAGCAGAAACACAUCAGAUCUUCCAGUUCUGGGAAGGAAAAGCCCUACUGAUCAAGGCCAGGAAAAGGCUCUUGCACUGUUUCUCUGUGCAAUGCCAGAACAUCAGGGAUGCCACCAAAGCAGCAGGGGGAUAAACUUGGGGACAACUUGAGUCUGAUUUCUUGGACAAGUGUCUGCAGCCUGCAAUCCCCCGAGCUCAGGCUGCACUAGCAGGUUAGCCACAAGCACUUGCCACUUCUCCAUGUGCCCAGCAGGACAAUUGCACAAGGAAUUGCACCCUCCUUAGUGGCCAGACUGGAAACAGAGUCUGGCAUAAAGCACCUGCAGCCAACAGCCAGAGCCACGCUCAGGACUGGGCACAUGCUUGGCUUUGUUGGGCUCAGUUCCAUGCAUCAGACUCAAGGACUCUUCCCUCUACACCUGCAGUGGGAUCCAGCUCCAGAGGGAGCUCUGCUGCCUUGGCUUGUCUCCCCUCUCUCAGCCCAUCCACUUCAGGCUUCACAUUUCUGCUGAGUCUGAAGCAGAAUGAGACAAGCCAUGGGACAGGGGUACAGGGCUAAUAUUUUCAGGAUACCAAAACCAGCUGCCCUUUACACAACAGGAGGAAGGGAAGCAGCUCUGAGCAGGCACUUCAAUCCACCUUGUCCCACAGGAGCUGCCAGAGGUGCCUGUCAGACUGACCAACGAGGCUUCAUUCCCUUUAGGGCCAGGUCAGACACAGAAGAGCAUUUCUGAGCCCGCUGCUGCCUUUGACCCCAGUUUCUGCUUCAAAGAAGCAAGGAGCAACUUGGAACUCAGCCUGAAGGCUGAGCCUGACCUGCCCCAAGGAGCACAUGGACUGUGCCAGCAAUGACACAGCACAGGCAGGGCCACAGCUCCCAGCUGAUUGCCAUGAUCCACCCCUAGAGGAGGCAUUCCAGCCUGCUUCUGUCCCCACUGGCUGCAGCUGGGCUUCCCCCUUUGCUUCCUUGGGGUGAAACAAGCUCCUGCACAAGAUGAUUCCAAUCAAUGCCAAACUUUGCCUCUAUCCACUGCCUCUGGCAAAUCCUCCCUUGCCAUUACCUCCAAGCUCUUGUCUCCAAGAGGAGGCAGCACCAGCUCUGCUUGCUUGAAAAGAUGAUUAAUAAAGCAAAACCCAGCUGACUGGAAUACUGAAUUGUUAAAUGCUUAUUUCUUGCUCAUUCCAGCAGGUUUGGAGCAGGAGGAUUCUGUGCUGAGACCACUUUUGUUUGGGGGUUCCUUGCAGAUUGAUUUUGCUUGAAGUUCUCCAAGUUUUACAAUUGUUUAUGAUCAAGCACCACAUGGGAGAGGUGACAUACACUGGGCAGAUCAAACUGUGCUCCUCUUUGUGGCCGAGGUUUGCAGAUGCAUUUAAUGGAUUUGGAAGUCCAGUUCCAAGAUGAGAAUUU